AUGUCAGGAAUCGAAGGUUCACUAGAAUGCCUUUCUCAGACACUUGUCAAAAAAACGACCUUAUUCAAACUCAGGCAGCAGCCCCUACGGGGGCGUAUGUGUGGAUUCUCUGCAGUCAAGGACCGUCGGAUUAUAGACCCACCACUUGUCUUGCAGCUGGUCACGCUUGAUAAUCGAAACGUACUCGAGGCAUAUCAGGACUUUAAUCUACAUAUACUAUGUCAUAUUUCACUAUGGUCUGCAGAUCGACAAACGGACUGUAGUGCCGUCAUUAAUCCUCGAUACAAAAGCCAUAAUCUCAAGCUUCGUGAUAUGCCCUCGUCUAGAAAACAUGGGUGUCCAUCAGAAGGAAACCAGUAUUGUCAAACAAUCAUAGGCACCACAUCCACUCCUCCGCAGGUUCUGAUGGAUUUGGAUGGAACUCCUGGUCUUUUCUUUGUCUUUUAUGAUCUAUCUGUUCGUGUACAGGGAGAUUACACAUUAAAAUGCCAGCUAUUUGAGCUGGAUUCCACAAGAGGAAAUAUGACAUCUACAGUCGUCAGAGAUGUAAUCUUCACCAACCCAUUUCACAUGUACUCGCCAAAGUAUUUCCCUGGCAUGGGAGAAUCAACCGAGUUAUCAAAGUGCUUUGCUAGACAAGGCAUUUCAAUUCACAUUCGACGGGACUAUUCAGGAGAAAUACUGACAUAA